UUUAAUCAUAUAUUUACGUGUGUCUCCUUUUCUCUAUCUCGUAAUUUACCUAUAUAAGAGAAUCUCUCUAUACUCUAAUCUGUACGAAAGAGAAGAAGAGAGAGUAAAAGAACACCGUUUGUUCUUAUUUUAAGAAUCCGAUAUAUAAUGAUAACACGUUCACGUGUUCCUCGUCAAAAGAGUGUCUCAGUGAGCACAAUCUUCAAGUGUCUUUUGGUUUUGAUCAAGCGUUCUAUUAAAUUCUCUUAGUCAUUUUUUCUAAUCUCUUUUCUUGUUAAUUUCACUUAAGCGGUUUAAAAAGUUUCUUCCUUUCAUAGGUCUCUAGCUAAGGUUUUAUAUCAAAUAAAUAAAUAAAAGCAAGAAUCAGUAAGAAAGAAUCAGAGAUGGUGAGAACACCAUGCUGCAAAGAAGAAGGAAUAAAGAAAGGAGCUUGGACUCCCGAGGAAGAUCAAAAGCUCACUGCUUAUCUUCAACUACAUGGUGAAGGUGGAUGGCGUACUCUCCCGGAAAAAGCUGGAUUGAAGAGAUGUGGGAAGAGUUGUAGGCUGAGAUGGGCUAACUAUCUAAGACCCGAUAUUAAGAGAGGAGAGUUUACUCCCGAAGAAGAAGACACUAUUAUCAAACUUCAUGCUCUUAAGGGUAACAAGUGGGCCGCAAUAGCAACAUGUUUGGCGGGACGAACUGACAAUGAGAUUAAGAAUUAUUGGAACACGAAUCUCAAGAAGCGUUUAAAACAAAAAGGUAUCGAUCCAACCGCUCACAAACCGAUCAAUUCAACCGAUCAAACCGGUUCAGAACCAAAACACCAUAAACUCGGUUCAUCCGGUUCCGCAAGGCUUCUUAACCGCGUUGCAAGCAAAUACUCGGUCGAUUCAAACCGGGAUCUACUAACCGGAAUCAUCAUAGGAAACUCCACAAACAUCGCAGACGUUUCACAAAGUUCCGGCGACGUCGAUUCUCCGACCAAGAAUUCGACCUCCACGCUGCUCAACCAAAUGGCGGCAGCGUCAAGCGGUUUCAUAUCGAUUCAGAACAACACGUCGACCUCUCCCGGUUUCUCCGACAACUGUUCUUUCUCAGAUGGUUUCACUGAGUUCUUUAGUAACGACGAGAUCUCCGGUAUGUAUACCAACGUCGAUAAUGUUGGCCUUAUGGAGGAGUUAAAGGAUAUUUUAAGCUACGGCGGUGCCGACCUUGGAGAUAUCAAAGACUCGCCCGAGGUUAACGUAACUGAUGAUAUGGACUUUCUUGAUUCUUGGAACAAAGAUGAUGAUUUGGAUUUGGAGAAGUUUGUAAGCUCGUUAGAUUCCAAGAUUGGUGUCUUUGUCUGAAUCUAAAGCAAAAUCAAUUACACGUUGGUUUUCUUGAUCGACUUCUGUAAUGGAUGUAUGGCCCACGAGGCGGGAAUAAUAUGAUCUGUCGUAAUAAAAUAAUAAUAAAAUAAUUAUUUCUCGUUAA